GAUUUAUUAUUUCACCUUAUUUACACAUUAUCUCUUUGUAUCAUUUUUCGGUUUUUGUUACUUCGAUGGACCUAUAUGAGAGUCCUUAUUUUAGAGUCAACAAAAUCGCACUCUUUGUAAUAGGACAAUGGGUUUAUCAGACAGUAAAAAUGAAAAUCUUGACUAGAAUUUUAGUUUUGACAUCACUUACAACUGCAAUUAUUCCUCAGUUGCGGAAUCUUGUCAAGCAUAUGGAGAACGAUUGGAAUUUGUUGACGUCUAAAAUAGAACGAUCAAUUUUGCAAAAGGGUGCAGUACAUGGAAGACGUCUUACAGUUUUAUUUGCUAUAAAUAUGUAUGGCUCAGCAUUAACUUUCAUAUUAAUGUCAUUAACACCAAUUGUUUUUGACUAUUUUAUUCCCUUAAAUGAAACUCGUCCAAGGGAGUUAGUUUAUGCAGCAAAAUUUCCUUUGGAUGAAGAGAAAUAUUUACCUUGGCUAUUGGUCCAUGGCUCUAUUACUGCUUUAUACAAUUUGACAGUAAUGUUUAGUUGCGAGUCAAUUUAUAAGUUAAAUAGCGCAAUGAUGCUUUCGAAUAAGGAAAAAAACUAUAACAUAAUAGAUGAUACUUAUUAUAAACAGUUGACAUCUUGUAUUAAAUGCCACAACCAUGCAAUUCAAUAUUCAAAGAUACUGAACUCUUGCUUUUCGCCACUUCUAUUUUGUUCAGUGGGUUUAAAUGUUAUAGCCAUCAGUUCUUUACUAAUUCAAACUUUGAACUCAAUUAAUGAGUCUACUUUGGCCAUUAAAUAUGGAAUUUUUGCUAGUGCUUUUAUGAUUAAUCUAUUUUGUUUAACUAUACCGGCUCAAAGCUUAUUAGAUAGUAGUUUAUUAAUUGCACAAGGAACAUAUAACAGUGAAUGGUAUAAUUUACCACUUCAUGGACAAAAAUUAAUUUUGCCAAUAAUACUCCGAGGUCAAAUACCUUCAACUUUAACUGUUGGAAAAUUUUGUAACAUGGAUAUGAUUGCAUUCGCAGCGCGCUCCACCGACUAAAGGAUGAACUAAUAUGUAUGUGACACGUUCAUGUUAAACACAUGGCUUGGAGAUGAAUGUGAAGUCAUGUUUCCAUCAUGUAGGGGCAUUUUGAUUUUGAAAAUACCGUUUUUGAAAAAUUGCGAGUAUAUAUAAGGCCUUAGAUCGAAGAAACUGAU